GGCUCCGCCCCCUUCCGGGUUCCCUGCCCAGGCCCGCAUGGCGGCCGGCAAGCGCCCGGCGGCCGGACCUCGGUCGCGAACUGCCAUGGCCCAGUGGAGGAAGAAGAAGGGGCUCCGAAAGCGCCAUGGCGCCGCCUCCCAGGCCCGCAGCAGCGACUCGGAAGACGGCGAGUUCGAGGUCCAGGCGGAAGAUGACGCCCGAGCCCGGAAGCUGAGACCUGGCAAACCUUUGCCCACCUUCCCCACCUCGGAAUGCACCUCGGACGUGGAGCCAGACACCCGGGAGAUGGUACGCGCCCAGAACAAGAAGAAGAAGAAGUCUGGCGGCUUCCAGUCCAUGGGUUUGAGCUACCCGGUGUUCAAAGGCAUCAUGAAGAAGGGCUACAAGGUGCCAACGCCCAUCCAGCGGAAGACCAUCCCAGUGAUCCUGGAUGGCAAGGACGUGGUGGCCAUGGCCCGGACAGGCAGCGGCAAGACAGCCUGCUUCCUCCUCCCCAUGUUUGAGCGGCUCAAGACCCGCAGUGCCCAGACCGGGGCCCGCGCCCUCAUCCUCUCACCCACCCGAGAGCUGGCCCUGCAGACCUUGAAGUUCACCAAGGAGCUGGGCAAGUUCACUGGCCUCAAGACUGCCCUGAUCCUGGGCGGGGACAAGAUGGAAGACCAGUUUGCAGCCCUCCAUGAAAAUCCCGACAUAAUCAUUGCGACUCCCGGGCGGUUGGUGCACGUGGCUGUGGAGAUGAACCUGAAACUGCAGAGUGUGGAGUACGUGGUAUUCGAUGAAGCCGACAGGCUCUUUGAAAUGGGGUUUGCGGAGCAGCUGCAGGAAAUCCUCAGCCGCCUCCCUGGCGGCCACCAGACCGUGUUGUUCUCUGCCACGCUCCCCAAAAUGCUGGUGGAGUUUGCCCGGGCAGGCCUCACAGAGCCCGUGCUCAUCCGACUGGACGUGGACUCCAAGCUCAACGAGCAGCUCAAGACCUCCUUCUUCCUCGUGCGUGAGGACACCAAGGCGGCCGUGUUGCUCUACUUGCUGCGCAGCGUCGUGCGGCCCCAGGACCAGACGGUGGUGUUUGUGGCCACGAAACACCACGCGGAGUACCUCAGUGAGCUGCUGACCAGCCAGCGCGUGAGCUGCGCACACAUCUACAGUGCCCUGGACCAGACGGCCCGCAAGAUCAACCUGGCCAAGUUCGCCCACGGCAAGUGCUCCGCCCUCAUCGUGACCGACCUGGCUGCCCGGGGCCUGGACAUCCCCCUGCUGGACAACGUCAUCAACUACAGCUUCCCUGCCAAGAGCAAGCUCUUCCUGCACCGCGUGGGCCGCGUGGCCCGUGCUGGUCGAAGUGGCACCGCCUACUCCCUGGUGGCCCCUGACGAGCUCCCCUACUUGCUGGACCUACACCUCUUCCUGGGCCGCUCCCUCUCCCUCGCCCGUCCCCACGAGGAGCCCUCAGGUGCUGUCACUGCGGACGGCGUGCUGGGCCGGGUGCCGCAGAGCGUGGUGGACGACGAGGACAGCAGCCUGCAGAACACCCUGGAGGCCUCGAUGGAGCUGCGGGGCCUGGGCCGCGUGGCCGACAACGCCCAGCAGCAGUACAUGCGCUCGCGGCCCGCGCCCUCGCCCGAGUCCAUCAAGAGGGCCAAGGAGCUGGACCUGGCGGGGCUGGGCCUGCACCCCCUCUUCAGCUCACGCUUCGAGGAGAAGGAGCUGCAGCGGCUGAGGCUGGUGGACGGCAUCAGGAACUACCACUCGCGGGCGACCAUCUUUGAGAUCAACUCCUCCAGCCGGGACUUGAGCAGCCAGGUAAUGCGCGCCAAGAGGCAGAAGCACCACAAGGCCAUCGCCAGCUUCCAGCAGGGGCGGCAGGGGCGACCAGGGGCUCCCGCCGGUCCAGUCCUGAGCUGUCAAGUGCUGCAGGAGGGAGAGCCUGAAGUGGCCAAGGAAGACAUAGAGGAGAAUGUAGAGGAUGUCUUUGCAGAGGUCGUGGGCCAGAAGCGCCGGCGGCCAGGCCCUGACAGGGGAGCCAAGAGACGGAGGGAAGAGGCCCGGCAACGGGACCAGGACUUCUUCGUCCCCUACCGGCCCAAAGACUUUGACAGCGAGCGGGGCCUGAGCGUCGGUGCAGACCUGGGGGCCUUUGAGCAGCAGGCAGCUGGCGCUGUCCUCGACCUCAUGGGGGACGAAGCCCAGAACCUGACCAGGGGCCGACAGCAGCUCAAGUGGGACCGGAAGAAGAAGCGGUUUGUGGGACAGUCAGGGCAGGAGGACAAAAAGAAGAUCAAGACAGAGAGCGGCCGCUACAUCAGCAGCUCCCUACCAGAAGUGGAAACAGAAACAGAAAAUUGAUGACCGGGACUCGGAGGAAGAAGGGGCAUCCGACCGGCGAGGUCCAGACAGGAGAGGUGGGAGGCGAGGCCGCCGCCAAGGUGCCUCCCAGCCCCGCGCCCCAGGGGCCCCCGUAGGCCGCGUGCGCUCGGAGCUCAAGACCAAGCAGCAGAUCCUGAAGCAGCGGCGCCGCACACAGAAGUUGCGCUUCUUGCAGCGUGGGGGCCUCAAGCAGCUCUCGGUGCGCAACCGCCGCCGUGCCAGGGAGCUGCAACAGGGUGCCUUCGGCCGGGGCGCCCCCUCCAAGAAGGGCAAGAUGCGGAAGCGGAUGUGAGGCCCAGCACGCAGCCGCGCGGUCUCUCCCUGGCCCUUAUGUACCGCGCACUGGGGGAGCUCCCCGCGAGAGCCAUCAUUGGAUGGGUGCCUUGUGGCCACAGGACAGCCGCGGUCUGCCUGAGACAGAAACCUUUGAGCAGAGACUCGAAGGGUGUGUAGCAAAGCCAGGCUGCCAAGGUUAACUUGCUGCUGCUUCUACGUGUUCUGGGUUCAGAGGUUGCGUCCACGUGGGAGCCCCGAGUGCCUCAGCUGUAAGGAUGGAUUUCUUAACAGAAUAAACCUUUGCCAAGGA